AUAUCUUCAUUCUUCACAACAACAUUAGCAUCAAAGAGAACAAACAUCAAAGUGCAAGAAGUCUCUCAACGCCCUCAUGGCCACCUCUGCUAUCCAACAAUCAGCAUUCACUGGUAAGACUGGUUUGAGGCAGGGAAAUGAAUUCAUCAGGAAAGCUGGUAACUUUGGCCAAAGUCGCUUCACCAUGCGUCGUACUGUGAAGAGUGCUCCUGAAAGCAUUUGGUACGGUCCUGACCGUCCCAAGUACUUGGGUCCAUUCUCUGAACAAAUUCCAUCAUACCUGACUGGUGAGUUUCCUGGUGAUUAUGGAUGGGACACAGCUGGAUUAUCAGCUGACCCUGAAACAUUUGCAAGGAACCGUGAGCUUGAAGUAAUUCACAGCAGAUGGGCUAUGCUUGGUGCAUUGGGAUGUACUUUCCCCGAACUCCUUGAAAAGAACGGUGUUAAAUUCGGCGAGGCAGUGUGGUUCAAAGCCGGUUCCCAGAUCUUUGCUGAGGGUGGUCUUGACUAUUUGGGCAACCCCAACCUGAUCCAUGCUCAGAGCAUUCUUGCAAUCUGGGCUACUCAGGUUGUGCUGAUGGGAUUUGUUGAAGGCUACAGAGUUGGUGGAGGACCCCUUGGUGAAGGACUAGACCCACUUUACCCUGGUGGUGCUUUUGACCCUCUUGGUCUUGCUGAUGACCCUGAUUCAUUUGCUGAGUUGAAGGUCAAGGAACUCAAGAACGGUCGGUUGGCUAUGUUCUCCAUGUUUGGUUUCUUUGUUCAAGCCAUUGUUACUGGCAAGGGCCCUAUUCAGAACCUUUACGACCAUGUUGCUGACCCUGUCGCCAACAACGCAUGGGCUUUCGCUACUAACUUUGUCCCCGGACAAUAAGAAUGUUGUCUCUUCAGCCGCAAUUUUCUGCUCCCAUUUUCGUUUCUGUUGUGUUUAACUCUCAUUUUCAUCAAUGUAAUUACUCUAGCAGAAGAACCUGUAUGUGGCUGAUUAUAUGUUAGAAAUAUGGAUCCAAAGAAAUAUGUUUUUAUCAA